CUUCAUGUUCUUUUCCACACAUCUCUCUGUCUCUCUCUCUCUCUCUCUCGCGUUCUUCGAACCAAACCGGAGGAGUGACUACCACCAACUCGCUGUAGCUUUCAAGCUCAACUAUCACAAGCACUUCAUCUUCACUAGUGCUUCUAAUCCAAACCACUAUCAAUCUUUCUUCAAACUCCACUCUGUCUCAGUCUUCUAAACCAAACAAUCAAUCUUUUAUUCAAUCUCUACCAUAAUUCAGGUUUGGAAAAGUACUUCAUCUUUAUCUUCUUCUCAGUGUUUCUCUGACUAUGGGAGAUUCCUAUUUAUAAUUCAAGCCCAAACACCCACAAUCCAAUUUUACUAGAAAUUCUUCUUUCCUUUCUGUAAGCAUCAGUCACACAAUGGAGUCUGAAAAUGGGGUUACUUUGGAGGAUGAGAGUUGUGUUAUUGAGAAAAACUAUGUUGAAGAAUCAGUUGUGGAUUUGAACAAAGAGGGUGAGAAUGUUGGUAACAGUGAAGUUCCCACCAUGAAUGGAAUAUCUGAACCAGCAAACAAAGCUGAAGGCUUUAAAUCCUCUGGUGUGGUGGUUAAAGCUUCUGCAACUGUUGCUACAAGUAAAAAAUCAAAAUCUACAAAGGAACCCAGAAUUCUGAAUGGUGGUUCUCCAAAGACCAAUAAACUGGCCAAGGACAAAGCCAAUCUGAAAACCACAACCCCGUUUUCUCGCAACCAGAGGUCAAUCCUUACUCAGAGUGUUUCCUUCCCGGCAAGAGGAGUCCAUGCCGAUGUUAUGAACAAGAGCAUUGAUGUGUAUCCAUUGAAAAGAGAAGCCAAAGAUGCUCAAAGAAAUGGGACUAAAUCCCAUUUAAACCAUCCCAACAGGCGUGCAUCCACUGGACUCCCCUCAAAAGAAGCAAAUACAAUUGGUGGAGCUUCUGGUUGGCCGACUUCUUUAGCAGCCACACCUAGCAUUAGACGCUCUGUGCUUGGAAAGUCUGGUUCUUUGAAGGCAACUGGUAACUGUCCAGCUGAGGCAUCCCAAUUAGUUAAUCAAAAUUCAAAUCCUAUGAAAACAGCACUGCCGGUGAAAGAGGACGACGAUGCUCGUUCCACGACUUCAAGUGGGACUCCUCGUGAGCUGAGGGGCAGUGGUUCAAGGUUUUCCUUCAGGUUGGAAGAACGAGCUGAAAAACGCAAGGAGUUCUUUUCAAAGCUAGAAGAGAAGACUCAGGCGAAAGAAGCAGAAAGAACCAACUUGCAAGCAAAAUCAAAGGAAAGCCAGGAGGAAGAGAUCAAGCAACUGAGAAAGAGCCUGAAAUUUAAAGCUACACCCAUGCCAAGUUUCUAUAAAGAGCCACCUCCAAGAAUUGAAAUAAAGAAGAUACCGACCACACGCGCAAUAUCCCCAAAGCUUGGAAGGCAGAAGAGCUCUGUGACUGCAGGAAACAACUCCUCAGAAGGUGAUGUGCCUUGUGCUAGCCCACGUCCGAACCUAUCUCCAAAGCUCAUGAAGAGCAAGAAUUCCAUUACUGCAAACAACUCGUCAGAAGGCGGUGGGUCUUGUCAUAGCCCACGUCUUAACCGAGAACAGAACAAUUCAAGCAAAGGAUUCCGGGCAGAAUCUGACAAAAAUGUUGUGGCUUCGAAGAAGCCGAUUAGAAAGUCCCAACUCAGUCUUCAAUCUCAGGAAGUUGCAGUCACAAAAACUGAAAGAAAGCCUGCUAAGCCUAAACCAGAGGCACCAGGAGAAGAAAACCAAAACCAGAAAGAAUGUAGAGGAGAAAAAGAAGAAAGCCAGAACCAGUCCCUGUGUCUUUCUGAAUACAAAAAUGAGAUAGACCUAGAGUCUACAAUGGAUACUUCCCAGAACAAUGCACCGGUUUUGAAUUCACCUACCCCUGAGAUUAUGCCUCAUGAAGUUACCGUUGGUGAUUAAAGACAUACUUCAUGGACCUUGUUUUUAUAGUUUUGAAAGUUUUAAAAGUUUCGUUAAACUUAUCAAAAGAAAGAGAGUUCUGUGGUCUUGUGAAUACAGUGGCUGUGAGUAAAUCAUGUAAGCCUGUUGGAACUUAUAAGUGUUUGCCUCAGUGAUCAACUAUGGCUUUCAUCUUUUAUAGGCAAUUUAUGACAAGUCUUCUUUUUUCU